GAUUAUUGUCAAUCGCCAAGUCUUUGGAUAGGGAGCAGCAUCACUUUUAUGAACUAAACAUCACAGCUAAUGACCAUGGCAAGCCAGUAAAAUCAACGUCCCAGAUUCUAAAAAUCAAUGUAGAAGAUGUCAAUGACAAUCCCCCACAGUUCUACCAACAUAUUUAUAAGGCUGUAGUUUCAGAAGAAUCACCAGUUGGAACAGAAGUGAUUAAAGUUGAAGCAUCAGACAAAGACUUGGGAAUUAAUGGAAACCUGACAUACAUCAUUCCAAAAGGUUUAGCCAGUGACAAGUUUAUCAUUAAUGAACAAUCAGGACAAAUUCUUACUGCUGAUUCACUAGAUCGAGAAGAAAAAGCCAUUUAUUUACUUACAGUCUAUGUGAAAGAUGGGGAUUUUCCUGCUUAUUUUGAUUCUACAACAGUUGAAAUUGAGGUUCUUGAUGUCAAUGACCAUGCUCCUAGUUUUGGGGAUUCCUGUUAUUCUCUACAGAUUCCAGAAAAUAGUGAUCUCAGUGUUAUUCAUACAGUGGUGGCCACUGAUUUGGACACAGGGAAGAAUUCUGAAGUUACCUAUACCAUAAAAGGUGGAAACAUCAACAACAAAUUUAGCCUAGACCUCCACAGUGGAGAGCUUUCUAGCCAUCCUCUAGACAGAGAGGUGAUUCCAGAGUAUUAUCUUGUUAUUGAGGCUCAAGACAAAGGGAAACCAUCUCAUUCAGUCUUGUGUAACAUUACUGUUACUGUUCUGGAUCAGAAUGAUAAUGAUCCUGUGUUUGAGAAAAGUGAAUACAGUGCAUCAAUUUCUGAAGGUGCUCUAUUGAACACAAAAGUUAUAACUGUUAAAGCUCAUGACCAGGACGAAGGGAUUAACAGCAAUAUCACCUACUCCUUAAGUAAUGAAACACUUUCUCUUUUCAAGAUUGAUAGCACCACUGGUGUGAUUACAACAGCUGGGUAA